AUGAAGAGAAUUAACUCGGUCCCCUUCUGCCUUAGGAUACGGAACUGCUCGGGCGACAGGACCGCUUGCCACUCCUCCUCCGACUUCCGGACCGACCCAGGCGCGGCGACCACCACCUCGCCGGGGAAGCUCCUCCUCGAACGGCCCGGCGAGCCGAAACCACCGCACGGAGCGGCAGUAGAAGCGGCACGAGGCGGCGGCGGAGGCGGCCUUAUCGGGCAGAACGCGAAGUGGGUCUUCAGGGGAGAGGAGCGUAAAGAGCGCGGAGCGAGGAGAGAGAAGGGUCUGGUUGUGGCGCUGGGGAGGAUGGACCGGAGGACUAUGAUGGACAAAAAAGAAAACUUUGCUUGGGGACAACUCACGAAAUCGAAGAGGGGGGACUCGGAGUCAACCUCGAGAACAGAUGAUGCGUUUGGAGAAGAGAACGAGGCGCUAAGGAGGGACUCGGAGUCAACCUCAAGAACGGACGAUGUGUCAGGAGAAGAGAACGAGGCGUUCAACACAUCGGGAACAGAGUACGACGUGUUCUUGAGUUUCCGGGGACCAGACACACGCAACAACUUCACCGAUUGCCUUUACCGUAGAUUGAGACUCGUUGGAUUCCAUGUCUUUCUAGACAACGAAGAACUCCGAGUAGGUAAAGAAAUCGGUGGAGAGCUUUUGAAAGCACUUAACAAGUCUCGAAUCUACAUACCCAUCUUCUCUCACGAUUAUGCUGGCAGUUCGUGGUGUCUCCGUGAGGUUGCGCAUAUGGAAAAAUGCACCUCAAAAUCAAAUGGGAAGAAAGAGAUACUUCCCAUCUUUUAUGAUGUGGACCCUGAUGAUGUUAAACUCAAAACCAAAUUGUACAAAAAUGCCAUAGCCAAGUACGAGGAGAAAUUCGGCCCCGAUGAACUGAAGCGGUGGGAAGCUGCUCUUGUAAAGGUUGCACGUCUCAAGGGAUGGGAUCUUAAACGGAAAGGCCAAGGGGAACUAAUAGACUUGGUUGUUGAAGAGGUAUUCUGUAAGCUUAAGGCCAGAUACGUGGAUGUGCCUAAAUAUUUGAUUGAAGAUCAUUCCCAGAUAAAAGCCAUAACAGAAAAGGUGGAAGUUGACUCUGAUGGUGUACGUUUCCUUGGUAUUCAUGGAGGGGGUGGCAUUGGUAAAACAGUACUUGCAAGGAUUGUGUUCAACAGAUUAUCUCAUCACUUUGACGGUGUUAGUUUCCUUAAUGAUGUUCGAGAAUCAUCAAAGCAUGAUUUUAUAAACUUGCAAAAAAAGUUAUUAUCAAGUUUUGUUGGUUCUGUGAUUGCUGACCAAAUUAAAGAUAUUGAGGAUGGGAUGCGUUGGAUCAAGAAAGUAUGCAAUACAAAAAAAUGUCUCAUCGUUCUUGAUGAUUUAGACAAUAAAGAGCAACUUGAAAAGCUAGCUGGAGAAUCUGAUUGGUUUGGUUCUGGUAGUAGGAUCAUUAUCACAACUAGGGACAAAAGUAUCCUGAUGACUCAAGUGGAAUCAUCUAAGGAACGAGGCCAAAAUCAAACCAAAGGAAUUUUGGCUUAUGAAGUUCGUGAGAUGGAAUAUGGUCAAGCACUUCAGCUAUUUUGUAAGCAUGCAUUCAGAAGAGACUCUCCUGUAGAAGGAUAUGACCAUCUUGCAGAGAAAAUUGUUCGUAGAGUGGGGAUGCUUCCUUUGGCUGUCGAGGUGAUAGGUUCAUCUCUUUAUUGUGAGAGCUUGGUCCUGGAGGAACAUCUUGAUAAAAUAGAGCUAUGGAAAGACACAUUAAAGCAAUUAGAUGAAGGUCCUUACAAGGAUGUCCGAGAUGCAUUAAUGAUAAGUUAUGAUCGAUUGGAGCCUAAGCACAAAGAAAGAAAUCCAGAUGUAGAAGCACUAAGCCUGACUUCCAAUGGCUAUAGCCGCAACUUUACACCUGAAGAGUUUGCUGCUCUACCAAAUCUAAGGUUCCUUCGAGUGAAAGAGUCUGAUUUUUGUGGUGACUUUGAGAAUCUUCUUUUGGAGCUAAGAUGGCUUUCUUGGCAAACAUGGGAAAGAACUUUCCAUGCGAAUAACUUUCACUUUAGCAAUUUGCUCGUGCUCGACCUUUCGGAUAGCAAUAUUAGAGAUGAUUGGGGUGGGUGGAGCCAGAUGAAGAUGGAUAGAUUGAAGAUUCUAGAUAUGACGGGUUGCGUAAGGUUAAAAAAGACACCCCAGUUCUCUAAUUUCUUGUCUUUGGAGAAGCUAAUUCUUGCUGGGUGUAUCGAGUUAACCACAAUUGACCGCUCCAUUGGUAAGUUAGAACACCUAACUACUUUGAAUAUCAAAGGAUGCAGGUUGCUUGAGGAGUUACCCAAAGAAGUCGGUGCUCUACAAUCUUUGACAGAGGUUAUCAUGCCCCAAACUUUUCAAUGCUUCAAACUUUCAGAGGCAUUUGGCAAUCUGAAAUCUUUGUUGAGUUUGAUACUAGACGAGCACCUUGGAAUCAGCCAACUUCCAAGCUAUAUUGGAGGGUUAGUGAAAGUUACAUAUUUAUCUUUACGCUGGUGUGUGGGGAUAGAGAAGCUUCCAUGCUCUCUUGGAAAAAUGGAAAUGUUGGUCAAGUUGGAUUUAUCAAUGUCAGGAAUAGUUGAACUACCUGAUUCCAUCGGAGAUAUGAAGAAACUAAAAGUCAUUAGAGUAAGUUAUACAAUGAUAAGAAAGUUUCCUCGUACAAUCGGACAGGUGGAGAUACUUGAAGAGUUACAUGCCAAGAAAUGUUGGGAUCUGACAGAUGAAAAUCUAGAGGAAAUUGGGAAGCUAUCCCAUUUGAAGAUAUUGGACUUAUCAUAUACUCAUGUAUCUAGAUUCCCCAAGGUGCUAGGUUGUCUCUCUCAUCUCCACACACUUGAAUUGGGUUCGAGUGACCUUCAGGAAGUACCUGAUCUUCCCUCAAAUUUGACACGCCUUCACAUGCAAGCACGUCAGUUCCAAUCUAUACUUGACCUCUCAAGUCUCGUUAAUUUAGAUUAUCUGGAAUUAUCUAGAUUAACUGUUUCAAGAGAGGAACCUGACCCAAGUUGGACAAACAAUUUGCCAGUAGAACAACUGAUCCAUCCGCUUCCAAGUGGCUUGUCAACUUUGAAAUGUAGGGGCAUCAUGCUACUACCAUCUCUUUCCAACUUAAGAAAAUUAUCAGUUCUGUGUGUCAUUGAAUAUCCAAUGCCAUACUUCUCUAUCUCUCAGGAGCUAAUGCAUUUAACGGAAUUGAAACUAAGUAAGUGCAAAUUUGUUGAGAUAAUAUAUGUGCCAUGCUUGAAGAAUCUACAGCACUUGGAACUAAACAGAUUAGACAGGCUGGUUAAGAUUGAAGGUUUGUCAGAAUUGGCAUCCUUGUUGUACUUUCGUAUUUCUAACUGCUAUAGGAUAAAAAGGUUACCCAAUUUAUCAAAGUUAGAUAAGCUGCAACACAUUGAGCUAGAAGCUUGUCCGAAAAUACAAGCGAUUGAGGGCAUCAAGGGCUUAGAAAGGUUGGUGUGGGAUAAUCGUGGUUGCAUUGUACUAGAGAGAUUGCUGGAUGUCGCAAGAUUGACUUGGAUUUCCCGUAAAACACCAGAGUGCCAGGUUUUCCUGAGUUUUAAUGGACUGGACACUUCUUAUAGCAUUGUUGAUGUCCUUUACAAGAAUCUGGUUCGUAACCAAAUUUCGGUUAUCAGGGAUGAUGACAUAUUGAGCUUUGGUGAUGGAAUUGGCGAAGAGCUUCCGCAAGCACUCAACGACUAUCAUAUCUACAUACCCUUCUUAUCUAAGAACUAUGCUUCUAACUGGUGGUGUCUCCGUGAAUUAGCCCACAUGGUAAAAUGCACGUCAAACUCACAUGGGAAAAAAAUAAUCCUGCCCAUUUUCUAUGAUGUGGAGGUUGAUGAUGUUAAUCUUAAAAGCGCUUUGUACAGAAGUGCCCUAGAUAAGCAUAGGUGGAAAUUUGGCAACGAAGUGGAGGAAUGGGAAAUGGCUCUAAGAGAGAUCGCACACAUAAGGCGGUUCAACAUGAAUGGUAACAGCCAUGGAGAACUAAUUGAAUCGGUUGUUAGAGAGGUUUCACGCAAGCUUAGGGGCAAAAAUGUUGAUGUCCUUGAACAUUUGAUUGAGGAUCACAGUCAGAUAGAAGAGAUAAUAGAUAAAUUGGAUGUUGACUUUGGUGGUGUGCGUUUUGUUGGGAUACAUGGAAUGGGUGGUAUCGGUAAAACAACACUUGCGAAGGUUGUGUUCAACAAAUUACUUCUUCAAUUUGAUAGUGUUAGUUUCCUCCACAACGUUCGAGAAUCAUCCCGACAUAGUCUUGAUGGUCUUGUAAACUUACAGAAAAAGUUAUUAUCGAAUGUUAUUGGUUCUGGGGAUACUGUCCGAAUCAAAGACAUAGGUGAUGGGAUGGCUCAAAUCAAGAGAGUAUGUAGGACUAAAAAGGUCCUCAUUGUUCUUGAUGAUCUAGACAAGAAAGAGCAGCUCCAAAAGUUAGCCGGAAAAUCCGAUUGGUUUGGUUCGGGUAGCAGGAUCAUUAUCACAACUAGGGACGAAAGUAUCUUGAUGACUCAAGUGGAAUCAUCCGGUGAAGUGGUCCUAAAUCAACCUAAAGGAAUUUUGGCUUAUGAAGUUUAUGAAAUGGAAUUUGGUCGAGCACUUCAAUUGUUUUGUCAGCAUGCAUUCAGAAGAGACCAUCCCAUAGGAGGAUAUGAGCAUCUUGCAGAGAAAAUUGUUCGUAGAGUGGGAAUGCUUCCUUUGGCUGUAGUGGAGAUAGGUUCAAGUCUAUGUUCUAGUCAAAAAAUUGGAGAAUGGAAAGAUAAGUUGAUGCAAUUAAAUAAAGGUCCUUUGAAGGUUGUUUGCGAUGCAUUUUAUGAAGGAUUGGCAGAUGAGGAAAAAGAAGUAUUUUUGGAUAUUGCUUGCUUUUUCACCAACGAGGACCAAACGUAUCCAUAUAUCAUGUGGGAUGAUUGUCAGAGUGCAAUUAGUGUCCUCCUCCAACAAUCCUUGAUAAAAAUUAGAGAUAAUAAAUUUUGGAUGCAUGACCAAUUGCGAGAUCUGGGAAGGAAAAUCAUACUUGAAAAAUAUCCUCACAAAUGUAGGAGGGUGUGGAUUCAUGAGCAUGUUGUAGCAAUGCUAUGGGAGAGAAAAGAGAGAAAUCAAGGUCUGGAAGCGCUAAGCCUGACUUCUAGUGGUGGCUGGAGGAGCAUCUAUACGGCUGAAGAAUUAGCUGCUGCAUCAAAAUUAAGGUUCCUUAGAAUGAAAGGCCUAGAUGGCAUCUUUGAGAAUCUUCUUGCAAAGCCAGAAAGGCCUUUUGGGGAAACAUUGUGGGCGGCUUUUCAUGCAAAUAACUUUCACUUCAGUAAUUUGGUCAUGUUUGACCUUUCAGAUAGCAACAUUGGAGAUGGUUGGGAUGGAUGGAGCCAAAUGAAGACGGCAAAAAAGCUGAAAGUUUUGGACCUGAGAAACUGCAAAUGCUUAACAAGGACACCUGACUUGUCUGACUUCCUAGAUUUGGAGAUAUUGAUACUUGCUGGCUGCUCCAAGUUAAUUACGGUUGAUUGCUCAAUUAGUAAGCUACAAUUGUUAAAAACUCUGAAUAUGGAUGGAUGUGACUCUGUUGAGGAAAUGCCUGAAGAGAUUGGUUCUUUAGAAUCUUUGAUUGAGUUCAUCUUCUCCGGAUCUUCCAAAUUGGUCACACUCACAAAGAGUUUUGGGAAUUUGAAAUCUUUGUCAACCUUCAGUGUAAAUUAUUGCAAGGGAAUGAACAAACUCUCGCACUCUAUUGGAGGAUUAGCAAAAAUCACUUGUUUCUCUAUAAAAGGAUGUGAGGGGAUAAAGAAGCUCCCACACUCUCUUUGGGGCUUAGAAUCAUUAGUCAAGUUGGAUUUGUCAUUCUCAGGCAUAGACAGUCUCCCUGAUGACAUUGGAAAUCUAAAGAAACUUAAAGCCAUCAAGAUGGGACAUACAAAGUUAAAAAGGUUACCAAACGCAAUUGGACAGCUAGAGAUGCUUGAAGAGUUACAUUGCCCAGAGUGUCCAGAUCUAUCAGGCAAAGUCCCAAAUGCUAUUGGGAAUCUUUUCCAUUUGCAGAUCUUAGACUUCUCUGGUACUCGUAUUUUUGGUUUACUUGCCACGAUCACUCAUCUCUCUCACCUAGAAGAGUUACGUGUGGGGAUUGUGAGGAUCUUACGGGUAGAAUCCCAGAUGCAAUUGGCAGACUAUCUCACUUGA